AUUAGGCCUUUAGGCAACAUCGAUUAUGAAGCCGCAUCAAAUUGUAGUUUAAUGAAAAGAUGGGUAGCAUAUUCCACAGGCAUGUUGAAAAAGAAUAGUUAAGUACAAGAAACAGUUGCUAUUGUCAACAUAAUAGCUCAAAUACAAUAAUAAUUGCAGGACACAAUGUUGGCAAGCGAGAUCAACAUGUGUUAUUCGAUAUAGGGUAGAAGAAGCUUAUUAAUUACUACAUAUAGUUAAGGUGAUUAAGAUGGUGAAAAAUCUCACCUGAAAGACCAUGGUAGCAAGGUUAAAGCUAUAUUGUUAAUAUUAUAUCAAUUAGGGAUUGCCUGCUAUUCCUGCUAUAAGGAGCACAACUCUCAAAAUAUAGUAUAGAGAUUUGAUCAGCACUACAAGAGCAACCUGUGUGUAUUACUGACAGAAUGA